GGCAACAAAACCCAAUAUUUGUGACAUGAAUUCCACUUAGUUGCAAGUCGAAUUUAGUUUGAAGUAAGCCAAGAUGUAGUGGACUUUCCUCAGAUGAGUGGAGAUUGCCGCGAGCGACUCAACGCUUUUUUUGUGUAAUUUGUGAUUGCGUUAGUAUUGUUUUUUUGUUUAUUUUUAAUCUAUUCUUCUCUGACAUUUUUACAUUAUAUUUUACCAGCAUCCCCUCCUCCAGAACACCUUUCUGGAUAAUACAGACAACAAUUUACAAUAGUAUGACUCUAAUAGGAUUGAUCCGGUCUUCUGAGGCACUCUACCAGCUGUCCCUGCGCUCCUAUUGACCAGAGCAGAGAAGGCAUCUGUGAGGGUGGUGUGAAGAGGACAGUUGGAAAGAGGGAGGAGCUCUUCAGUUUAACACCAAGGAGCAAAAGAGGACAGAAUAGAGAAAAACAAGAGACUGAUUGAUAUUAGACAGAGUGCGGGGAAAGAUCUCAGAAAGAUCUCGUUUUUUUAAAGAGUGUGAGAAGUGUGUGUGUUGUGUGGAGGAGUGAAGCCCGCUGCGGGAUGGGGUUGUAGGUAGUGUGUUGAGUCAGAGGUGUGGCGAUGGCGGUGGCGUUGGAUGCAGUGUGUGUGCGGGUGAAGGGUGUCUGCAAGCAGAAUGGACUGCUCAUCCUCUCUGUGCUGGCCGUCGUCAUCGGCUGCCUGCUGGGAUUCUUCCUGCGCACCAAGCAGCUCUCUGAGCAGGAAGUGAAGUAUUUCCAGUUUCCAGGAGAGCUCCUAAUGAGGAUGCUGAAGAUGUUGAUUCUGCCUCUCGUUGUUUCCAGUCUCAUGUCAGGUCUGGCGGCCCUGGAGCCGAAGUGCUCGAGCAGGUUAGGCCUCAUAACCAUCUCCUACUACCUCUGGACCACGUUCUUGGCGGUGGUGGUCGGCAUCGUCAUGGUUCUGAUCAUCCACCCAGGGGGCAUGGCCCAGAAAGAGGACUCGGAGGACAGCAGCAAACCCAUCAUGAGCUCAGCCGACGCCCUGCUCGACCUCAUACGGAACAUGUUCCCUGCCAAUUUGGUUCAGGCUACAUUUCAGCAGUAUCGCACUAACAGCAUACCCGUCAUGAAGACACUGAAGACAACGGAGAGCUUGAGUGUGACACGUCGCACACUAAUCUACAACCUCCAAGACGACAACGGUAACAGCGAAAACGGCAGCAGCGAUGUCCGCAACUUCCAGCUGGACCUGACGCCUCCGCCUGAUGUGGUGAUGCGCACCGGGCCCGGAACGAGCGAGGGCAUGAAUGUGCUGGGCAUUGUCAUCUUCUCCGCUACUAUGGGCAUUAUGUUGGGAAGGAUGGGUCCUAACGGCAGUGCGCUCGUUAACUUCUGCCAGAGUCUUAACGAGGCUGUGCUGAAAAUCGUAGCUAUUGUUAUCUGGUACUUUCCGUUCGGGAUUGUGUUCCUGGUGGCUGGAAAAAUCCUGGAGAUGAGCGAUCCAUCAGAUAUGGGUAAGAAACUGGGAUUUUACGCCAUUACGGUGGUUAUGGGUCUGAUUCUGCACGGGCUCUUCAUCCUGCCCAGCAUGUACUUCUUCAUCACCAAGAAAAGCCCCAUCGUUUACAUCCGGGGAAUCCUACAGGCUCUGCUCAUCUCACUGGCCACCUCAUCCAGCUCUGCCACACUGCCCAUCACUUUUAAGUGCCUGCUGGAGAAUAACCACAUCGACCGGCGCAUCAUUCGCUUCGUGCUGCCUGUCGGUGCCACCAUAAACAUGGACGGCACGGCGCUGUAUGAGGCUGUGGCGGCCAUAUUUAUCGCUCAAGUCAACAACUAUGAGCUGGACUUUGGCCAGAUCAUCACCAUAAGCAUCACAGCCACAGCAGCAAGUAUCGGUGCGGCGGGCAUCCCGCAGGCUGGCCUGGUUACCAUGGUAAUAGUGCUGACCUCCGUUGGCCUGCCAACCGAUGACAUCACACUCAUCAUUGCUGUGGACUGGGCUUUGGACCGGUUUCGCACUAUGGUGAACGUGAUGGGAGACGCGCUGGCUACAGGAAUCAUGGCGCACAUCUGCAGGAAAGACUUCAUGCAAGAGGGAGAUGGAGUGAGGGUUCCUCUAAUCUGCGAGACGAAACCCGUCCACAUCCAGCAGCUGAUGAACUGCCAGCAGAAUAACGGCAGCUUCCAGCCUCUUCCAGCAGGGGGCAAACCUGAACUCGUUUCCCCGGAUGUCGCCCGACUCAUGCAGUUAGAGGAAGGAGUGCGACCCCCGCCUCCUGAGCGGAAAAUACCCCCAGUGCCCCCACGACACCUUAAACACAAGGACAAGGAGCACUGCUCCAUUGACAUGAACGGCCUCGAGACCAACGUAUAG